UUUUGUUAAGAACGAACAGAAAAUGUUAUAUUAAAACAAGAGUGGCAAAUUAAUAUCAAAUAUAUUUUUUUUUAGAACACACACACGCGCGCAUAAAUAUAAAUUCUUUUAUUUCGAGUCAUGAGUAUCGGCGACGUAUGGUUGAGAGACACCGUGAUGUCAUACGGAAAAAUAAUUGUAACAUUAAUCAUAUUAAUUUAUAUAAUCUUUAGAAAAUGGCCAAAAUUAUGUGCAAUUGUUUACAAGGCGCAUCUCCUUGGAUUCGAGAUGGAGCUCGCGGAAAUUGCAUUCCCUUACAAAAAGGAAUUGUUUAAAAUACUUGAAACUAUUGUUUCCAAUGAUGAAUCACUUCGAUCUAAAGGAUGCAUUCGCGUACUCGAAAUUGGAGUUAAAACUGGUGAUAAUAUUCAAUUUUAUCCAGACAAUACUCAUUUUAUCGGUGUUGAUUGGAACACAAAGUUGGCAGAGUACCUUAACGAUGACAAUCAUUCCUGGCAAUUCGGACAUAUAUUCGUCGAAUGUUUAAUUAUCGGGGAUGGCAGUAAUUUAAAACUCAUUCCUGAUAAUCACGUAGACGUUGUAGUAUCGACUAGAUCACUUUGUUCGAUUAAAUUACCACUAAAUGCUUUAGAUGAAAUUAAACGGAUCCUCGGGCCGGGUGGAAGAUAUGUCUUUAUGGAACACGUUCCAGAAACAAAAGAUUAUUUUUUACGCUGGAUACAAAUAAUAUUAACGCGAUCAGGGUUGUGGCCGUCGUUAUUCGGAAAUUGUCAUUUGGAUUUUGAUUUUAUAAAAGAAAUUAAUGACGCUGGUUUCAAACGAGUUACAUCAACGUUGAUCAUGCUAGACGGUCCUGUUUCUCAAACUUUACAUUUAAUGCUCACCGGUCAACAUGUGCUAGGUGUAGCAAUGCAAUAAAUAAAAAUGUUCUAUUUGUUUCUUUUUUCUUUACAUAUAUAUAACAUAUAUAAGCAAGUAAAUUAUUUCUUUCUCAUUUAUUUUCCAAGAUUACUUAUUUCGAUUACGCUUUGUAGGAACUAUGUAUUUAAAAUUAUAUAAUACCUU